ACCAUAAGUCAGAAAUUACUUGAAGGCACCCAACAAAAAAAGAUUCAGCCUUUCAGAGAGCAAUUGGUAGAAGGCAAAUCCACACAGAACAAAGAAGAGGCAUGUGUUUUGUCCCAUUGAUUUUUCAAAACAUAAAAUGCCCAACACCCCUGUCUUCAUAACAGGGUUGGAAUGAAUUUGGGAGUAAAAGAUGAGAAUGCAAAAAGAUUCAUCCACAUUUGGUGGUGCUUCAAAAUCUGGCUUUGAGUCCCUCUCCAUUCAACCAUGCUUGAGUUGUUUUUGAACUGGGAUCUCCAGCAGAUCUCCUACAGUCUUUAAAGGUGUAAAGGCAGGAAGGUGCAGUUGGGUCUUUUCCAAGCUGGGCUCAGCUAUACCAAUUCUCCAGCACUGAGCUGGCUGUGCUUUCCGUAGAAGAAACCUCUGUUCUCCCACCUCUGCAGUAAUACUGAUCUAUGAGAGAGCCCAGGCAAAACUCAGCUCUGCUUCCAACGACAAGCCUUUUCCAGCAGCUUGAAAACGACGAUGUUUCUCUGAUGGUGGUCUCACCCUUCUGCUUCUUUCCGUUCUGGUGCUGGCUCUGCCCUGAGGAUGGUUCAGAGGACAGAGAGAGAGAAGGGAUGCAUGUUUGCUUUGGACAGCUCCUUUAUUGCAAAGCUUGGUAACAAGAGCCUAGGAGCUUUAUCUGGUUUUGCAAAAGGAAACAAGCUUGGAGAAUGGCAGAUUUACAGCAUCUUCUGGGAACUCUGCCUCCUUUCUAUCUUUUUCCCAUAUGAAUCAGUGACAUUACAGCGUCUUCCAACUACUGGUGAAAUCUAGUUUUUCCCCAGACUGAAGGAUGGAUUUUCAGGCAAAUCACAGCCUUUGCACUAACAGCUCGACUUUAAAUAUCUAAUCUAAUAUCUAAUCUAAUACAGGACAAAACUUUUCCUACAAUGGCGAUGAUCUCAACUCCGUGAGCUACUCUGCCUUUAUCAUGCCCACCCUCUUUGGCAUCAUCUGCCUCUUGGGCAUCAUCGGCAACAGCCUGGUGAUCUGCACUGUCCUGAAGAAACCCAGCCCUAGCAGUAGUGUACCUGACAUUUUCAUCAUGAAUCUUUCCAUGGUGGACCUCCUCUUCCUCCUUGGCAUGCCCUUCCUUAUCCAUCAGCUGUUGGGCAAUGGAGCUUGGCAGUUUGGGGAGACCAUGUGCACCAUCAUCACUGCCUUGGAUGCCAAUAGCCAGUUCACCAGCACCUACAUCCUCACUGCCAUGUCCCUUGACCGCUAUCUGGCCACCGUGUAUCCUUUUGCCUCCACACGCUUCAGGAAGCCCCCAGUUGCCAUCUCAGCCAUCUUUGCACUCUGGGCCCUCUCCUUCCUCAGCAUUACUCCAGUGUGGAUGUAUGCACAACUCAUCCCUCUGCCAGGAGGGCUAUUGGGUUGUGGGAUUUGCCUGCCAGACCCUCAGCGAGAUAUCUAUUGGUAUACCCUCUACCAGUUCUUCUUGGCUUUCGCCAUCCCUUUUGCCCUCAUCACAGCAGCCUACAGAAGGAUUUUGUUGAAGAUGGCAAAGUCUUCACAAGCGCUGGCUGGACAGAGAUGUAGCAGCCUCCGGACCAAAAGGGUCACACGUGUUGCCAUUGCCAUCUGCCUGACUUUCUUUGUGUGCUGGGCCCCAUUCCAUGUCCUACAGCUAGUCCAGCUGGCCAUGCACCAGCCCACCUUACCUUUCUACUAUGCCUACAACGUGGCCAUCAGCAUGGGCUAUGCCAACAGCUGCUUGAAUCCUUUCAUUUACAUCUUGCUUGGACAGAGGUUCCCCAGGAAGAUCAUAGUCUCUGUCAAGCCGGUGGAUGUUGGAGAUGAUCCCUCUCAAAACAGGAUCAAAAGUCCCCGGGGGGAGCCAAGUGAGUCUGGGCAGCCCCUGUUACAUUUGGUCUCUGUUGGAGCCAGAGAAAGAUGACAGAGGGGUGCAUUUACUAUGCAUGCUUGUUAGAUGUAGAAAUGAAUGGUCCACCAACGGUUCUCUUGGUCUUCCUUACACCUCCCAAGUCUCCAAGUGAAGGCAACUAUGUGCAGACACAGCCAAAGUAGAUCUGCAAGAUGAGCCUCUGACUCAGUCAGAACAGAUGGACACCUUGGAGAUGCCACCAUCAUUUAGAGAGCAGUAGCAAGACACACAGAAGUGUAGGACGAGCCAACACCUUUUGUAAAGACUUAAAUAGGAAAUGCCAAGCAAUUAGUCAUCUGGUGUGCCAGGGUUAAGCUGCUAUAAUUCUCCCAGUGGCUGCAUGGAAUUCUUGUUGUAGACUCCUGUGUAGAGUUGUGGCUCAACAACCUGGUGUAUGCUGUUGGAUUGCUUGGGCUCCUGACCCAUGAACUGGCGGUUAAGUUGGUUGUCUUUUCCUUCUUUGGUUUUGUUCAUUUUAACUGCCUGCUUCUAGUGACUGACUUCAGAAUGUUUGAGACCUUGCUGUGACUCCUUUCAUUUUCAGAUAAUCUUCUAGACAAAACA